AUGAACGUCAUUUUUAUGUUGUAUUUACAACGCACCAACGCCAACAAAUUUGUGCGAAUAUUAUUUUGGAAUUUUUUUCGCCUUCUUUUAGAAAUGGAGAGUGAUAAAAGUGAGAGUGCAAGUAACAGCUCAUCAAGUGGGUUUAAAAGCAACAAAAGAGUUUCUGAUGCGAAUUGUUCGGAAUGCCAAAUACCCAGAAAAAAAUCGGCGAAAUCACCAACGCUCGCAAGACAACACAUAUUCGAGAAAGUCUACGAUGAAUUGCAAAUUCGUUGCUUUUCAUUUUGUUUAGAACGACCGGCAAGUGAAGAUAUCCAAAAAGUGAUUAAUAAAUUGAAUUAUGUGAUCGAAGAUUUCGCGUUUGCGAGUAAAAUGAUAGCGACUAAGCUGGCACAGGCCAAAGAAUAUUUUAAAAAUGCUAGAUCAUCACUGAAAGGACCGUCAUCACUAGACCAAACAUCGAAUGACGUUAAUUAUGAAGAAUGUUCACUCGAUGAAUUACUCAACCAUUUCUAUAUAUCUGCCGGUCGCUUAACAUCUCGUUUCAAGUUUCAUUCAAGACAACCUACCCAGAAAUCGUUGAUACCAAAAUUGGAAGAUUUGAAAGGAAGAUGCGAAAAUUACAUAGAGGACCUAAAUGAAUUGAAGGAGUAUGUGUCACGUUUUGAUAAAACUGGUGCUGGAACUUCCGGCGAAAGUGAAAGGCAACGAACUGUUUCGGAAUCUCAGAAUCAACAUCGUGAUGAUGAUGAGCAAUUGGAAAUCGCUAGUGCCACGAAUCCAAACCCGAAGAAGGAUUCAAAUCGGGUUCCCAACAUAAAAUGCUCGAAUGUCGGAUCGAUGCAUGGUCAUGAGCAACCUCAGAAAGAGAAUCUACAGUCACAAUCCGACCAAGGCAAACCCUACUCCAGUGAUCCACUUCUCUCUGAGUUUCAUCACAGGGAAUGAUACGUGUGACGGCAUAUUUUCACACGGAACUUCGUUCCCAGUGCGCCAUGCACUUGCUAUACAUGGAGCGAACGUAUCCGAAUAUUAGAAACCACACGUUAUUACAUGUAGCUAGUACUCGGCGCACUGGGAACGAAGUUCCGUGUGAAAAUAUGCCGUCACACGUAUCAUUCCAUGUGAUGGAACUCGGAGAGUUAGUUUACAGCCCGGUAAUCAAAUAUCUGACCAACAAAAUUCCGGAGGUAAUUUGCCAACAACGAGCUCAUCCAGCGUAUUUGCAACAUCCGGAGCAGCUCUUCCAAAUCAGCAAUCAUUAGUAGGUCAAUUCAUGCAACAAUGGCAACAACCAACGCAAAAACAUCAAAAUCCAUAUCAAACCACUGCAUAUCAGGAACCUCAACCGAAAUUCGUGUCGAAUGUAUCAGCACCCACACAUUCCCAUUCGGACUAUCUCCCGAACGAAUAUUCAGCAGCUGAUCAAUCAAACAUGUCUUAUUAAAGUUAGCAACAAGGAGCGCCACAACCAAUGGUUGACCCAUCGGUCGGUAUACAUCAGAUGACGGAUAAUCCACCCAUCCGCCUGGGCAACAAGCGUCCGUCGUUUCUAAUCCUCAAUUCGAUGCACAUGCACAGUCAUUCCAAGGUCUUGAUCUUCGAACACUUUUUGAUCAGGACUUUUUUGAUAAUUAGUUUAAAUAAGCCAUGACCGAUUAUAUUCGAAUAACAAAUUUUUUUUCUCUCUAAUUUUCAUUGCAUCCGCAUAGAAUAACUGCGCAUUUGUAGUACUUAAUAGCAUUAUGAAACGGAUGCCGUAAUGUGCAUGCUCCAUUCUAUGGACAACAAAUAUGAAAAACUCAAUGAAUUUAUGCAAUAAAAGAAAAGUAAUUUGAGAGUAGCGGAAA